UAAACAUAAAAAUUUUGAGGUUAAUUGUUUUAUCUGUCUACUGAUUAUCCACGUUGAAUUUGUAAUAAAUUAAUUUGUUAAUAUUAAUUAUUAAUCUUACAAUAAAUACACUGAAAUAAUUAUAAAUAAUUUAAAUAUUGGACUUAAAAUGGUUCAAAAAAAACGAGUAUUUGUCGAGAGUAAAGAGGAACGAAUGCUCAUGACAAUUGGUGAAAUAAUACAAGAAUUAUUAAUUGCUGAUAAACAAAAUCGUGAUGUUGAUUUAAAUAAAUUAAAAACUCGUAUAUCAUCAAAAUAUGGUUUAGAUUCAUCACCACGUCUUGUUGAUAUUAUUGCUGCUGUUCCAUCAGAUGCUAAAGUAAAAUUAUUACCAAAAUUAAAAGCAAAACCAAUAAGAACAGCAAGUGGAAUUGCUGUUGUUGCUGUUAUGUGUAAACCACAUCGUUGUCCACAUAUUAAUAUGACUGGUAAUAUAUGUGUAUAUUGUCCAGGUGGUCCUGAUUCAGAUUUUGAAUAUUCAACACAAUCAUAUACUGGCUUUGAGCCAACAUCAAUGCGUGCAAUACGUGCACGUUAUGAUCCAUUAUUACAAACACGUCAUCGUGUUGAUCAACUUAAACAAUUAGGACAUAGUGUUGAUAAAGUUGAAUUUAUUGUAAUGGGUGGUACAUUUAUGUCCUUGCCAGAUGAUUAUCGUGAUUAUUUUAUACGUAAUUUACAUGAUGCAUUGUCUGGUCAUAUUAGUAAUAAUGUUGAUGAAGCUGUUAAAUUUUCUGAACGUAGUAAAACAAAAUGUAUUGGUAUUACAAUUGAAACACGUCCAGAUUAUUGUUUAAAAAAACAUUUAUCUGAUAUGUUACGUUAUGGUUGUACGAGAUUAGAAAUUGGUUUACAAUCAGUAUAUGAAGAUGUUGCACGUGAUACUAAUCGUGGACAUACUGUUAAAGCUGUAUGUCAAAGUUUUUGUUUUUCAAAAGAUGCUGGUUUUAAAGUUAUUGCACAUAUGAUGCCUGAUUUGCCAAAUGUUGAUAUUGAAAGAGACAUUGAACAAUUUAUUGAAUUAUUUGAUAAUCCAUCAUUUCGUAUUGAUGGAUUAAAAAUAUAUCCAACACUUGUUAUACGUGGUACUGGUCUUUAUGAAUUAUGGAAAACUGGACGUUAUAAAAGUUAUCCACCAAGUACAUUGAUUGAUUUAGUUGCUAAAAUAUUAUCAUUAAUACCACCAUGGACAAGAGUUUACAGAGUACAACGUGAUAUACCAAUGCCACUUGUAACAUCUGGUGUUGAACAUGGUAAUUUACGUGAACUUGCAUUAGCAAGAAUGAAAGAUUUUGGUACUGAUUGUCGUGAUGUACGUACAAGAGAAGUUGGAAUACAACAAAUACAUAAUAAAGUACAGCCAUAUGAAGUUGAAUUAAUAAGACGUGAUUAUUAUGCUAAUAAUGGAUGGGAAACAUUUUUAUCAUAUGAAGAUCCAACACAAGAUAUACUUGUUGGAUUAUUGAGAUUAAGAAAAUGUUCGGUUGAUACAUUUAAAAGUGAACUUAAAGAUAAAUGUUCAAUUGUACGUGAACUUCAUGUUUAUGGUAGUGUUGUACCAGUUAAUGCACGUGAUCCAACUAAAUUUCAACAUCAAGGUUUUGGCAUGUUACUCAUGGAGGAAGCUGAACGUAUUGCUAGAGAAGAACAUGGCUCAAUUAAAAUGGCUGUUAUAUCAGGUGUUGGAACUCGUAACUAUUAUCGUAAAAUUGGCUAUGAAUUGGAUGGUCCAUAUAUGUCUAAAUCUCUUGUUGAUAAAAAAUAAAAUUAUUCAUAAUAUUAUUGUACACAAUAUUUUUUUUUAAUCAAUAAAAAAACGUUUUAAAAUUAUUAGUUUUAUUUUUAUUUUUAUUAAUUUAUUAAUUGUUUAUAGGUAAGAAUUUUCAUUAAUCGAAUAAUAUUUAAUACACUUAUUUUUUUCAUUAUAAUUAUAUAUUAAUUUAUUAUAAAUAUUUUAUAAUUUAUUAUAGAUAUUUUAUUAAAUUAUAAAAUUUUUAUUAUUCAUCCGGAUAAUUAAUAAUGGCAGCUCUUAAGUACCGAGUAAUAUUUAUGAUUGGUUCUGUACCAUCUAUGUCAACUAUCAGGUGGACUGCAUAUUUCAAAACAAUACUGUAAAAUUAAAAUAAUAUUAUUAUUUUUUAUAAAGAGAUAUAAAUAAUAAAUUGAAACUUAAAAUAAAUA